UGACUCAUUCUCGUUGUUCACACAUCAUCUACUAUAUAUUACAACUCACACACUCUCAUUCAAUCAUCAAACAAAUCUUCAACUACACAAUAACAUUAACACAAACACAGAUUCACCACACACAAACAAAGAUCUAUCUAUCUAACUUAUCAAAGAUCACAUAUAUCAUAUAUGGCUUCCAUACAAGUUUCAUCUGUUCUUUCUAGAACUCUUUGUUCAUCAUCUUCUUCAAAUCCAAUCAAAUCCUCUUUCCAUGUGCCAAAACUUCCUAAAUCUCUAUAUAUAGCUCCUAAAGUAAGACCAAGUAGAAAGCUAUUUGAGGAAUUAAAUGGCCAAUUCACACACACAAUUCCAGUUAAGAUCCAAGAAAAUGAGUAUUAUUCACCUAAAAGUUCUCCUUCAUCAUCAAAAACAAAAACCAUUACUCAACUCUAUGCAAUUCUAGAAUCGGUAUCCGAUAGAAUAGAAAUGCAUCAAAACAUUGGUGAACAACGCGAUAAUUGGAACACCCUUUUGUUAAACUCGAUCAACAUGAUCACUCUUACAGCAUCCGCCAUGGCAGGUAUUGCAGCCAUAAGUGGCUCCGGCGAGCCACUUUUGGCACUUAAAUUAUCUUCAGCACUUUUAUUCUCAGCCUCAACAGGUAUGCUAAUUAUCAUGAAUAAAAUUCAACCUUCACAACUUGCUGAGGAACAAAGAAACGCAACGAGGUUAUUUAAAUCGCUCAAGUCCAACAUCGAAACCACGAUAGCAAUAGGGAAUCCCACAAAGGAAUAUGUAAAGGAUGCAAUUGCAAAUGUUUUAGCACUUGAUAAAGCUUAUCCACUUCCUUUGUUAGGGGUUAUGAUUGAAAAAUUCCCUCAAAAAUAUGAACCUGCUAAUUGGUUGCCUACAAAAAAGUCAACUAGAAGCAACAUGAUUUCUCAAAUUAAUGAAACAAAACAAAAGGGGUGGAGGAAAAAUGGAUGGAAUGAAGGGUUAGAAACUGAAAUAAAAGAUGUAUUAGAAGUUAUGAAGAGAAAAGACAUGGAAGAUUAUGAGAGAUUAGGAAACUUGGUGUUGAAGAUUAAUAAGACAUUGGCAAUUGCAGGGCCUUUACUAACUGGAAUUGCAGCAGUGGGGUCCACUUUUGUCGGUCAAGGUUCAUGGACAUCUAUAGUACCUGUUGUCGCAGGAGCAUUGGCAACAGCAGUGAAUUCAUUUGAGCAUGGUGGACAAGUUGGUAUGGUUGCUGAGAUGUAUAGAACCUGUGGUGGAUUCUUUCAAAUGAUGGAAAAUUCUAUUCAAGAGAAUAUAUUAGAGGAAGAUGAAGAACAAAGAGAGAAUGGAGAGUUGUUUGAAAUUAAGUUGGCUUUGAAAUUAGGAAGAAGUUUGUCACAAUUAAGAGAUCUUGCUAGAAAAUCAGCUUAUUCUCGUGAAGAGGGAACAACAGUCGAUGAAUUUGCUAGCAAGUUGUUUUAAGUUUUUUUUUUCUUCUUGAUCUAACUUAAUAAUUCUUUUAUUCAAUUAUGAUUAUUACGAA